AUGACACUUGAAGUAUCUGAUAAACUAUUGGGCUUCACAAAUGCCAAAGAUUUGUGGGAAGCAACACAUGAUUUAUUUGGCGUGCUUUUGGGAUUGGAUGAGGUUCCCAAUCCUAUUAUAGCAAUUAUUCAAGGAAAGCCAGAGAUAUUGUGGCUUCAUAUGCAGUCUGAGCUUUUAAUUUUUGAAAAGAGAUUGGAGCAUCUAAAUACUCAGAAGAUUACAGAAAGGAGACAAGCUAAAGCUGCUCGCAUUAGGGAGAAAUACCCAGAUAGAAUUUUCGUGAUUGUGGAGAAAGCUGGAAGGAGGGACAUUCUUGACAUAGAUAAAAAGAAAUGUAUCCCUUUAGACUUUGAUAAAGUCAAGGUCACUCUCAAAGGUUCUAUGAAAUUAAAGAGGGAAGCUGAAAUGCAAGGAGUGUACGUAAGGCAGUUGCAGGCAAGGGAAGUGGUAGAGACAUUGUAUGAAGAAGAUGAAAACGAGCAUGGUGAUACCUUAUGUGGGGCAUGCGAUGAGAACUAUGCUUUAGAUGAAUUUUGGAUUUGUUGUGAUAUAUGUGAGAAAUGGUUCCAUGGAAAAUUUGUUGUAUGA